AGAUUUAUUGCUUCAACGGCGUCAUCUCGGCCCUCGACGCGGCUGGCCGCGCGCCCGAGACGCUGCGGCUGCUGAUGGACAUGUGGGAGGCGAAGAUCCCGAUGGAUGUCGUGAGCUACAACUCCGCCAUGAGCGCGUGCGAGCGCGGCGGCUUCUGGGAGCAGGCGCUGGAGCUGUUCGACGAGAUGCAGUCCGAGGGCCACGAGCCCACGCUCGUGAGCUACACGGUGGCGAUGCGGAGCUCCCGCGACUGGCAGACGGCGCUCCAGCUGUUCUUCGAGAUGCUGGGGAAGACGCUGGUGCCCGACGAAGUCGGCUACAGUACUGCCAUCAGCGCGGUCUCACGUGAUGGCCCUUUGGAGUGGCCGCUGCGGCUGCUGCGUACCAUGGAACAAGAUGGCCUAAGGCCC